AUGACAUUGGGAGGAAUGCCUCCACUCAAUAAUGUGGCGAUCAAUGCUAGUAAUAUCUCCGACAUUGUUGCUGCUGGUGCAAGUUCCAACGAAAUCUUGACGGCUUUCGCAAGUCUCGAUACUGACGUAGAAGAUAUCACCAAGUCCGAUGGCACGCUGCCGCUGGAAUUCCAAUGCCAGUAUCGUCGAGGCAAGUGUUCACAACCACGGACGCUUAAGAAGAACGGGUCGAUGCACAGCUAUUGCGAGUAUCACCGCCAGCUCUCAGUACGCAACCAACGAGCGUUUGAUCAGAAAAAACGACGCCAACGACGAACACUUGAGGCAGAUGAAGAAGCUGAGAAACGACUUUGUCGCUCUCGACGACCGACAUCACACUCUUGUGUCGGAGAUGUAGAAGUGUAG